CGGAAGCGCAGCGCCCCGCAAGCGCCACGUCUGUCCCUGCACCUUAUCCCUGGUCCCCCAGCCACCGUCCCAUCCGCGAGGAGCACACGCCCGAGCCGCCGCCCACGGGACUGGACCGGGAGCAUCAUGGGCAGCGUGGCCUCGCGCUCCGCCUGCGCGCUGCCCCUUCUGCUGCUGCUGCUGCUGCUGCUGCAGGCGGAGCGGCCGCGGGGCGCGGAGCUCACCUUCGAGCUACCUGACAACGCCAAGCAGUGCUUCCACGAGGACGUGGAGCAGGGCGUGAAGUUCUCCCUGGAUUACCAGGUCAUCACUGGAGGCCACUACGACGUCGACUGCUAUGUGGAGGACCCCCUGGGGAACACCAUCUACAGGGAAACUAAGAAGCAGUAUGACAGCUUCACACACCAGGCUGAGGUCAAGGGCGUUUAUCAGUUUUGCUUCAGUAAUGAGUUUUCCACCUUCUCUCACAAGACCGUCUACUUUGACUUUCAAGUGGGCGACGAGCCCCCCAUUCUCCCAGACAUGGGCAACAGAGUCACGGCUCUCACCCAGAUGGAGUCCGCCUGUGUGACCAUCCACGAGGCUCUGAAGACAGUGAUUGACUCCCAGACGCAUUACCGGCUCCGGGAGGCCCAGGACAGGGCCCGGGCCGAGGACCUGAACAGCCGAGUCUCUUACUGGUCUGUCGGUGAGACGAUCGCGCUCUUCGUGGUGAGCUUCAGCCAGGUGCUGCUGCUGAAAAGCUUCUUCACAGAAAAACGACCCGUCAGCAGGAUGGUCCACUCCUAGUUGGGGCGCUCUGCUCCCAGGCCCCUCCCACCCCAGGGCGGAGCAGCUCCCUUUGGUCACAGGCUCCUGGGGCUGGUGGGUGCGACCCAGGAGCUGCCUGGAGAAGAGCACAGGGUAACACGUUCUCACCUUGCCUUCUAUUCAGAUGCUUGGUCCUUGUACUCCAGCAGCCAAAGCUCAUAGAGCCCAGAAAGCGAAGGCAUCCAGCUGUAGCAUGUGUGUAACACUGAAUGCAGAUAGGGUACAAUCAGGCUGGGGAUUGGCCAGUGUGGGAGGGCAGGCAGGCAGCCAUCCAAUGGCCUGGCUCGUAGGAGGAACCUCAAGGGCCCAGGCCUCCAGGGGGCAGCUCAGGGCUCUCUUUUUGCUCCACGACGCAUGGCCCAUUUGGCUUGUGUGUCCUAUCCCGCGUGGAGGAGACAGGGCCCUGUCUGGCCUUUCCUCACAUGGAGCUCUCUGUACCUGUGGAAACCAGGCGUUGAAGCGGCUUUGCAGAAGUCCCCAUCCCAGGUGAGAACCAUGGAAUCAGCCCUGAAGCAAGAACAGAAUGGUAGCUGGGUGCCUUGGUUGGCUGUGUAUCUCCUAGAAGGCAGGACUCUGGCUAAUAAAAACUGUCUGUGAGCACCAUG